GGCUCCAAUAUAAAGGGAGACGCUCGAGGAGUUGACGAAACAAGCAACGGAGCCGCGACUGUGCGGAUUUUGGGUCUCACAACGCACGAGACGGCUCACUGGGUCAUCGCUAAAUCGACAGCAAGCCAGGAUGCGCUACACGGAGACGGUCAGAGUGAUGAUGGUGAUGGUGGUGCCGCUGCUGCUCUUGGCUGCGCGCUGGAGCCUCGCGGAAGACACCGCCAUGCCAGGCCGCACCGAGCCCCCCGCGACCACGAAAGCCACGGGUUCCCUCACGAGUCCCACGUCCUCGACCGCGACCCCUGAAGGUGUACCCUCGGCGAUCUCAACCUCGGUUAUCGUGGUGGCGACGACCAGGAAUCCAGCUUCUCCGAUGUCGGGAGUUCCGAUGUCGGCAGCUCCGACGAACGAUGUGAACUCCUUCAGCCCCGCUAAUCUGAUGCCGUCAGAAACCAAGACCACUGUGACAUCAAACUCAUCAUUGCCAUCAUCAUUUUCAUCAUCGUCAUUUAUACCAUCGUUGCAACCUUCAUCAUCACCAUCAACUCAUGUCACAUCUGUGCUAAAUCCAGGAGUCACUGAAACCAUCUCGCCACCAUCAUCAUCACCACCACCACCAUCAAUAUCACCAGCAGCAGCAUCAGUCCACAGGAAGGACACCCAAGACCCAAAGGAAAGAGUUCUGGAGGCGUCCACGGCAGGGAACACAAACACCGCAGCCAGCGGCACCCGUGCAGGAUCGACAUCGUGGCACCCGAAGGCGCUCCCCCAGGAACCCAGCAUUGGAGGCAAACUCAGACCACGUGACUCCUCUCAGUGGCAAGGACAGCAAACCACGACCACGGCGCCCCCGCCGGCGUCCGCGCCGUUGUCCCCCACGACGGUCGUCUGGGGGAUCCUGGGCGUGGUGGCCGUGGUGGGCGUGAUCGUCCUGAUCGUCGCCUACCUCAAGCGGCCGCGCUACUGCUACCCCUCCUCCUCGAGGGACCACGACCUGGAGGCGAUCCCCAAGAACGGCUGCCCCGACAGCCCGGGCCGGGGAAGGGGCCGCCGCGGGCCUCCUCCGCGGGUCGCGUUGAACGGCUCGGGGGGCCAGCAGAGCGGCCACGCUUACGACGAGGAGGACACCACCUUGUGAGCCCCCCACCCAGCCCUGCAACCGGUCGAGACUGGGACCACCGGUGUCACGACGAUCCACGUGUGUGUUGGGGGAGGG